UGUUGCCUUAUCAGCUUCUCUGUGUAUAAUCCGAUUGCGCUCGGAAAGAUUUGCCUUAGGCUGGUGGCUGGUGGGAUUUAUAGACUACACUUGGCUUGGUGUAAAGCCUGAUGAAAGCUAGGGUGGGUUUUAAAGCUUAUAACUGGAGUGCACUUACUCCAAUCUGGCAACCCCGCCUGACGGCGAACUCUCCGUUUCGGACUGGGCGCAGCGCAGCGCCGUGGUGACGGGUUGAUGUGAUGGACGGAUAGACGGGGAGGCGAGCGGCACGAGGAGGGAAGGAAGGAAGGAAGGAGAGGAGAAGGAGAAUGGAUGCACGCGCUGCUGCUGCUGCUGCUGCCGCCGCUGCGCGUGAGGAUCGAAUGGAGCCGAGCAGUUUCCCGGGCUCAUGCGGAAUUACGCGCGGGUUUCCCCGUUUUUCCUCACUGCGCAAAAUGAUCUCGGCGGACAGAAACUUUUGUUGAUCGUCACCUAAAUCCGGCUAUGACACUGAUGCACGUUUCUCACUCGGAUGAUUAGUUGAUCACCAGUUCAGGCCUCAUUAUGAUUGCUACUGGAGGCCUCCUGCGAAUCUCAGCAAGGCGCCAAGACUCCCUCCGUGCCAAAAACCGGGCAGAGAACAAACGCAAAAGAAAAGCCAAGAAGAAGAGAAAGAAUGAGGUGGUGGUGGUGAAGGGCAAAUUGAAGCUCUGUUCAGUCUCUGGAUUUAUCGCUGCACUGGGCAUUAUUGUGCUGCUUGUUGGGAUUGCCUUGGCUGUACUAGGCUAUUGGCCUAAAGGAAGUCAGCUUUAUCCAGGAAUACCCACAGUUAAGGGCUCACAGAAACUAGCCUGGACAGAGGACAGAGGGGGACCAAAAACAGUGAACUGGACCACUAGUGGCAAGCUUAUUUAUCAGCUGGAUAAAGAUGUUAUAAGCUCUAAUUAUACUAAUGGCACAACUGAGGAAUCACCAAAGUUGGGUGUCCUUGCUGAGUUUUUAAAAAAGCACUUGCAUUCGGAUAAGCUAAAAGUAUUUGGACCAUUGAUUAUGGGCAUCGGUAUCUUCCUGUUCAUUUGCGCUAAUGCAGUGCUGCACGAAAACAGAGACAAAAAGACAAAAAUCAUCAACCUUAGAGACAUUUAUUCAACUGUUAUUGAUAUCCACAGUUUGCGAUCCAAGGACAAUGCUUCACUUAAUGGAUUUGUGAACUAUAUGCAAUCAAAGGGGUUAGAAGGCAAUCCAAGCUCUUUAUACAAUGCUGCUAUGCUAGCAAAGGGCUCAUGGCCAUCUUCAGGCUCUUUCAAACAGGACCAGGACAGCCUGCCCUCAUCCAGGAAGUCAUCUGCUGGCAAACUGGAAGACUUCCCUUUGGAUAGUCUUGCCAUCACAGACACAGUGUAUAGCAUUUGCAGGGAUCAGUUACCAGGGGCCAAGCAACAGGAGACUAAAACAAUUUUGACCUCCUCAGGCAAUGCUUUCACACUCCCGUUGAUCAGGCUCAAUCACCGGACAGCAGGCAACAGAAGGGGUUCGGAUAAAACCGGGGAGAUCGGAAGUGAACGUCUGGAUUCGGAUGCUAUUCGUCACUGCUUGGAGUCUCUAGUGGCAUCAGGGAGCAUCACCAAAGCCAGAGUAAAGCCUUCCCAAACUCGAACCAUUCUUUCCCAGGACUCAGUGGAAGUUUAUAAGAGUAGCGACAGCAUGCAAGAGAUGCCACACCUGUCCCUUCAAGGCUCUCGGGUGCAACUCCUUCCUGCAUCCCCUGGUCCUAAAGUGACAGGCUCUCAUCUGUCUUUAAGUGCCCUAUCAGACUACUCCAGAUCUAUUGACCUGGGAAUCUGUCCUUCCACCCCUGUGGACCGGCACAUGGAACGAACCAGGCGGCGUAGCUGUCCUCGACUGGAGGGCCCAAGCUGUGGGGGUUAUAUAAAACUCGAAGGUCUUGGAGGGGAGUCUUUUGAAUCUACUGAUGUGACAAGUUUUAGUCGUGGGAGUUCUUCUGAACUUUUAUCUAAGGAGCAAGUUUCAAAAAGUCCCCUUCUCUCAGAGGAAGGUGCCUCCAGUGAACCUGACCAUGGGAUGAUCAGACAGUACUCAAAGAAAGAAAAACUGGUGAUGAUUUCCCAGUCAGACACCACCUUAGAGGAUCUGGAAAUAGAGAGUGUAGAACUCUAACGGAGCCACCGGAUUGAAUCAGUGAAUUUGCAACUUGAGAUUUAAUAGAGACAUUACAUACUAAAGUCAUUACAGCAAUGGAUACUUUCUCUUUUGCUCUUACAGUGAAAAUGGAUACAUUAACUUGCUGUACUGCCUUGGGUACUGAUAAAUAUAUUAUCUUCCUUUCUUUGGAAUUACGUUUAAUGCCUUCACAGACCAGGAAUGAAAUAUAUAUUUAAAAAAAUGCUUUGCAGAGAAGAGUAUUAAAAAGAUGCUGGCAUGCCAGGAACAUUUAUAAUUGCUAUUUAAUAAACAAAAAGCAAACAUGAGGAAAAGCAAAAAAAAAAAUGAGUUUUGAAGUGUGGUAGCACAUCUCUACAAGGUUCCAUUUUUGUAUUUACAGUAGAAAUACAGUAUGUGGCUGUUCCACCUCUCCACCAGUGUGUUUCUUUCUAGUUAACUAACGAGGAGUUGCUGUCUCAACAGCAUGUAUUUUAUACUGUAGUGUCCUUGCACUUUUUUAAUUAAGAAGAUUAAUGAUUUUAUGGUUUGACUUAAAUAGCAAUAUCUUAUUUAAAAUAUCUUAUUUGAAACGUCAUCUGCCUGUGGGAGAUGCAUUAUGUUUGCAUUUGAUUAUGGGGAAAAAAACGUUUUUAUUAUGAUUGUGUUUCUUUUUAGAUGUCUUGCCUGUUUAGAAAUGGCUGUAAUGCUUUGUGCCUGAAUUCUGAACUAAGUCCACCUUCUAGCACAAUGACCCAUCGUCAGAAUCAUGAGCAUCUACUCAAACGAUCCUUAUUCCCUUGAAGUGGUCCUGAAAUCUUAAGUGUUUUUUGUAACUGAUUCUAAGUGUAUAGUACCAUAUACUAUGUUGAACCAUGCCAUCUUAUAUCAGUGUUCCUUGUAUCACAAAUACAAAAUCACAAUCUUCAUAUGUUGCAUUAUUUUCUCAAAUAUAAACUAGAAUCACGAAACUGAUGUCACGGUAGUCUUUGAGAUUCGGGUCUUCAAACACCACAACACAGAUUCCAGGUUUAACCUGAUUUUUCAAAAAUAUAUUAAAUCAAUGUCUAUUGCACCAAAAAAGCCCUUUCGGAUUUUCAUUAGCAGGUUUUCAGACUAAACUGGUCUGUAUAGAUAUGUUUUGUUCUUUUUGCAUGUCUCAUCUCAUGCUUUUAAAUACAAAACACAGAAUACUCAUCAAACAACAUGUAAUAAACAUAGAUUAAAAUGAAUUACCCAGGAUUUUAUGACCCAGGCCUGCUUCAUGCAUGAAAAAUGUCUUUUUAAACAUAGCAGUUUUAGUUUAGAAUACAUAUAUAAAAUAGCUUGUAUUGAAAGAUGGUGCAUGAAAGACAA